AUGUCCAGCGCUUCCAAUUCAUACGACGCCGUCGUCAUUGGCGCCGGCCCGGCGGGCUCGACCGCCGCUACCCUGGUGGCGAUGGCCGGCCAUCGGGUGCUGCAGCUCGAGCGCGAGAGCUUUCCCCGUUUCAAAGUCGGCGAGUCGCUGAUCCCGGCCACCAACGAUGUGCUCGAUCGGCUCGGCAUGCUCGAUCAGCUGCGCGAGGGCCGGUUCGUCGAGAAACACAGCGUGCAGUUUUUCGCUGGCGACGGCCGCGCCGGUCAGCCGUUUUACUUUCGCGAAACGGACCCCAGCUCGCGCUCACAGACCUGGCAGGUGCUGCGCAGCGAAUUCGAUCAGAUGUUGCUCGACAACGGUCGCCGCCACGGUGUCGAGGCCCACGAUGGGGUCACCGUCAAGCAAGUGCGGUUCGACGAGGCCGACCGGGCGGUCGGCGUCGAGGCCAAAUUCGCCGACGGCGAAACCCGGCAGAUCGACGCCCGCGUGGUAAUCGACGCCUCCGGCCAGCGCGCCCUGAUCGCUCGCAAGCUCGGCCUGCGGGUGCAGGACGAGUGCCUGCGCAUGGCCUCGAUCUUCACUCACUUCGAGGGUGGCCAGCGCGAUCCGGGCAUCGACGAGGGCGCCACUUUGAUCUGCCACACCGAGGGCAGCAAGUCGUGGCUGUGGUACAUCCCGAUGCCCGACAAUAUGGUUUCGGUCGGCGUGGUCGGGCCGAUCCCUCAUUUGAUCCAGGGUCGCCAAGGCGAUCCACAGAAAGUGCUCGACGAGGAGAUCGCCCGCUGUCCGGGGGUCAAGCCGCGCCUCGAGGGCGCCCGCCAGGCGCUCGAGGUCAAGGUCUUGAAUGACUUCUCCUACGUCUCUCGGCAACUCGCCGGUGAUGGCUGGGUGCUGGCUGGCGACGCCUUCGGCUUUCUCGAUCCGAUGUACUCCACCGGCGUCUUGCUAGCCCUGAAAUCGGGCGAGAUGGCCGGCGACGCGGUAGCCACGGCGCUCGACGCCGAGGACACUUCAGCCGCCAGACUAGCGACUUUCGAAUCCAAGUUGCGCGGCGGUCUGAGCGCCUUCCGCCGGCUGGUGUUCGCCUUCUACUCGCCCGAGUUCAGUUUUGGGAAAUUCCUCAAGAGGCACCCGGAACAUCGCGCGGGGGUGGUCGACAUUCUGGUCGGCGACGUCUUCGAGCGAGACUUCGAGCGGUUCUUCACCGAUCUCGAACAGAUGCUGUCGCCGGCCACCGCCAAACUCUCGGCUGCCGAGGCCGCACAGGGGGUCGCGUGA